AUGCAUUUCGCCCUUUCCGGCCUCCUUUUAAUUGUCUACCUCGCGGAUCAGUCCACCCCGGCUACUGUCAAGUGUUCCCAGCCCAGCCUCAGCCCCAGGCCAAGACACUGCCGCAAGGCAUGUAGGAACGAUGACAAUUGUAAACGUUCCAACAAGCGGUGUCUGUGCGACGGGGAGUGCGGACUGAGUUGUGUAAAUCCGCGUAAGUUGUUUUUUGUUUACUGGUCUGAAGUGAUAAAUUACUAAUUUACUGUUAAAUGUCCAAGAUGAUAAGCAUAAGACAUAUACAAGUAAAUUCUGCAGUAAACUGAAGAUGUUAAUACACGUACCUUUCUAUAUUUUAAAUUAUAGAUUCAUUUGCAAAUUCCAAAAUAUUACAAAAAAUAAAGCUUCUAAACUUCCAGAAGCAACAUGUCAUCCCCUACUAGACAUACCAAAUGGCUAUGUUAGAGUACCGAGUGAAUUCUCAUUUGAUACGAAUGCAGAGUACGGCUGUAAUGGUGGAUAUGUACUAGUAGGACCAUCACAAAGAAGAUGUCAAGGAAACAGAGAAUGGAGUGGACCUAAACCAUCAUGUAGACUACAAAGUAAGCCUAAUUAAAUAAAAUGUAUUUCGAAAUUAAUUACUAUGUAACUCCAAUGAUACAUAUUACAAAUGCACGCUUUCAGCCAAAUGUGGACCGCCACCAGAAGUACCAUACGCUAGACACUUUGGUACAUCAGUAGAAGGUCAAUACGAACUAAACGACGAAGUAACGUAUACAUGUGUCAAUGGCUAUGUUCAGACGUCUACUGGGUCCGGAGAGCCUGUAGCCAAAUGUUUGCUGAACAAAAAGAACGUAGCUCAAUGGUACGGGCCUGACAUCAAGUGUAAUGGUAAGUUUACAUUACAAAAUUAAAUAUUUUAGAUAUUCCAAACAUGUACGUAAUUAAAAUGUAUAAAGAUCAGUAAAUACAAUCGUCAGUAUAUUAAGUUGUUCAAAAAAUAAUGAGCCAUAUAACAAUUAAGAAAACAAAUAUUGUUACAGCCCAAUCUUGUCCAGACCCAGGUGUACCACUAAACGGAUUCAGAAGCGGCGAUGUCUUUCAGUAUCCCCACAACGUUGAGUUUUCGUGUAGCGCCGGCUUCAGACUAAUGGGAUCAGCUUACAGAUCCUGUACCAGUAAGGGGGAAUGGACUGGACAGAAUGCCAUUUGUAAACGUAAGUGACAGUUCACAUGGCACACUUACUACGUAUUAUAGUGGCUUAAAAACUAUGAUGACUACCUUAAUAGACUUCUACCAUAACAAAAACAAUAACUGAUCAUGGGAUUACAAUAAUGUAAUCCGUUUCAGCAACAGAGUGCCAACGUCCAGCUGAUCCACUUCACGGUACGGUACUUGGAAGUUCGUUAACGUACCAAUCAAUGGUAACAUACUCUUGCAAUGAAGGCUACCGUCUAGUAGGUCAAGUGCAACGUAUUUGUCUGGCUGAAGGUGUUUGGGCUGGUCAAGAACCGCGAUGUGAAGGUAGGUAACAGAUAACAAUACAAAUUAUAAUUACUCUUCUCCCAUUACUUACUUCCUUCCGUACCACAACAUUUUAUACCUUUUGAUGUAGCAGUAGGUUGAAUGUCAACUUCUUGCUUACAGAAAUCAGAUGUCCACCACUCCCAGUCCUCGACAACGGCUACAUUGAAGGUGAAGAUGUCAGCUUCGGAGCCAUCGUCGUCUUCAGAUGCCUCGAAACGAUGAGUCACGUUGGAGCACCGUACGCCAAAUGUGAAGAAUCGGGAAAGUGGAGUCAUAUACCACCAAAAUGUUUGGCUGGUUGCAAGAUACCAUCUAUAUCGAGUGGUAGAAUUGAUAACCAUGAGGAAGGAGAUCAUAUUGCUCAUGGAUCAGAGCUGAAUGUGCAAUGUAAUCCCAAACACGAGACCAGAUCGGACGCUCGGAUAACUUGUAACAACGGUACCUGGUCGCAUAUACCACAAUGUAUACCGUGUAAGUUAGGCAUUGUUUAUGCUACAAAGCUAAGUUUUAAGAUAACUCAGUGUAGCGUAGUAACAUCGGUAAUUCUUUUUUUAAUUUUUUAACUAUAAUCUUUUACAGUAAGAUGUAAAUCAUGGCCACCACGUGUCUCCAACUCCCGGGUCAUGUUCACAAAGUCAAAUCACGGAACGACGGCCAAAUACUACUGUAAACAUGGCUACAGACCCUCCAGUCCCAACAACCAGAUCAAGUGCUUGUACGGUAACUGGAACCGAGAAGGAUCUCCGUUCAGAUGUCUAGCAAGUAAGCUCCAUUCUAACUAUCAAAGCUACACUAUUGAGAGCCUAAAACAAUAUAUUUUAAUCUAAUUGUGUUCUAGUGUCUUGUGAGCACCCGAGCAAAGUAUACGGUAAUCUACAAGGAGGUCAGAUCAUGUUAGAAGGUCAGAUGGGGGCAUAUGACUUUGCUGAUUACAUUCACAGAGUCCCAGAAGGCAGAGCCAUCAGUUUCUCGUGUCAUAAAGGAAAUCUUCUUAUAGGUAAUCAAACGCAUAAUAUUACUGUAACAGCACCUUAUAAGCACUACAAAUACACUUGUUUUAGGCCCUCCAAAAGCAUCAUGUGCCAACGGACUAUGGCGACCAUUAAUGAAGCCAAAGUGUGUUUCACAACGACAUCCAGACAUGGAAGGUACAAUAAUAUGGGCGCGGAAGAAGAGGAGCAUCACAGAAUGUCCUUCAGUGGAUUCAGAUGACACCAGAGAAGUUACCAUCAAAGGACAACAACUUAUGGUAAGAUUGAUAUUACUUCAAACUAAUGAAUCCUUUAGCUCUAUGUCUACAAUAUAAUUCUAGGUGAAAUGCAAGAAAGGAUUCAAAGACAAAAUAACGUCAUCACGCUGCAUCGACGGACAAUGGAGACCAUCGAUCGGUUCUUGCGAGAAAAGUAAGCAUAAUUACACUACAACAACAUUAACCUGUGCUACUUGUCAAAAUAUACGAUAGCCUUUUUAACUCUGUUGUUACCUAAAUACUAUGAUGUCCUUCAGAAGCCUGCAAAGUGCCAUACAGACUUCACUCCUUCUUCGUGAUGCCUUCAACUGGCAAGAUUCUAGGAUCUGGAGAAACAUUCGAUCAGCCAAUGAACUUGAUUUGCCUGCAAGACUUCCAGCCGGCUGGGCCUACUAAACUUAACUGUAUUGAUGGAAAGAUUCUCAGUCCGCCUGGAUUCUGUGAACCUAGUAAGUACAAUUACGAAAAUAAUGUGCCGUUAGUAGACUUAUAUAACAUAAAACAAUGACUUGUCUUCAGAAUCAUGCAAAAUAACGCCUAUCGAACAUGGUAAAUACAUGGACGAGACAGUAGACAUGAUAGACCACGAUCAAAGUAUAAUUCUCAAGUGUGGGGCACAUACAACAGAGAUACUAUGCAGAUUUGGUAGACUACAGCCAGAACCAACCUGCGACGGUUUGUAAGCCACUUUCCUUAUUUUAUAUGUCAUCUAGCUAUACUGUUUUUAACCACCCUAAUUCAAGAAAAUCAAGAUAACUUUACCUAGUAAAGCUUUAAAGACACGUUACAUCCUCUUAUAUACUCCCAGAUAUGUUACAGCGACAACGACGCCCAAGACAACCUACUGUAACAAACCGGAAGGUCAAAUCGUACCAGUCGAUAUCUACUACACCUCCACAGACACUCAGAAGAGAGUUUACAUCGACUUUAACCGCAAUGUGUUCCCAAAUGGCACCACAAUGCACUUUGGUUGUGAUACGACCGAAGACGAGGCAGCUGCUAUCAGAUGUGUGAACGGAGAAUGGAUAAGUUUGUUGGAGGAAUGUGUACAACAAACCCACAAAGAAAUGCCCAAGAUAGACUCGUCCUUGUGUACUACACCAACUUCAGAGCCGGGCAAAGUUGUGAGUAAUAUAGCCAACUGGGGAUCUCUCAAGCACCCUGUCUUCUUUCCCCACGGAUCAUCGUUAACGGUAAGAAUGACAAUAUGACAUAGUUAAAGACUAAAAAAAUCGUUUUUUGCUAAAUUUAAAGUUGGAAUUGAUAAAAUACAUUACCUUCAACACAAAUACUAUAAUGUCAUAAAGUUGAUGUUUCAGAUAUCAUGCGAACAAGCCGAGAUAUACGACCGGUAUGAGGAAUGGAAGUGCAGACGAGGGAAAUGGCACAAGAAAGGAUUCGUAAAUUGUCCAACAAGUGAGUGUUACCAUUGUAAAACAAAAUAUAGACCAAUGUAUAAUGAUAGUAUAACACAAUAUGUAGAUUUAUAGAUUAAAGUAAUAUUUCAGAAAAAACGUGCGAAUACAAAGUUGAUCCAAUGUCCAAAUUAAACGUAUUUUACGAACGAGGCCGAGAUUAUGUCUACUUCAAUGACAAAUUCAUGGGUAAUCUAAUCCUUUAAUCAACAGUUUUACAAAUCGCUUGAUCUUGUUUUAUUUUUAUAGUUAGUUAUAAUUGUGUUAGUUUCAGAAGGCUCCAAGUUGUUAUUCACCUGUAAAAACAACUUCAUGGCCAAAAUGCGAGGCCCAUCGUCAGCUGAAUGUAAAGACGGGGAAUGGAGUCCAGGUCUGCCACGAUGCAACGAACUUGAUGUAAACAAUAGAGGCAUGUUACCUAAUCUUACCUUAAGCGAUGCUGUUCCUUAUACCUCCAUAACUCAAUAUUCAUCAAUUGGAUUUGAAAAAAAAUAUUCAAUUGUUGCAAAAUUCGGUUUUAGGUAACAAGUACAUAAUAAUAAAACCAACAUUAUUUGUAACCUAAAACACUCGUUGCUUCAGGUAAUUCCCCAGCAAUUCACUUCCAUGUAGACAAAGGUCCCUUCUUCAUAUCCCCUGAGGGCAUGUUGUUGGUCAACCGCUCGACUACAGUUCACUUAUAUUGUCUGUAUCCGAAGCCCACAACUUCUGAACAACCACGCUGGGUAAGAGAUUUCAUAACGGCAUCACAAAUGUUUAGGAAAGCUCAUCACCGUACAGAAAUUAUCCACAGAAGUGGGUUACUGGAGCACAUCCCGAUCAUCCUUACGCCAGUGCUUAUAAGGUGAGUUUCUUUACUUGUCACACAUACUUAAAGUUCCUUAUUUGGAACACAUACUCGUCAAAGCCUUCAUCUGAAAUAACCAAAAACUUACAGUUAACGAUCACAGUAGCUCAACCGGAAGACAGUAGUAUAUUCUACUGCAUCCUCCCCAAUCAUCAACGUUCUGGAGUCAAAUUAGAAGUCUCUGACCAGGAAUGUCGACCAGUGUUUAAUACAUCAACAUUGAGAGUCCAUUCCACAUCCAGAUCAACUUUCCCUGGAGGUACCAUACACUUUUCUUGCAUAAAUGGGUAUGAACUUAAAGGACCGAGGACAGUAAUGUGUUUGGAUGGAGGCAAUUGGUCCCAUUUUCCUCCCAAUUGUCAAGGUAAAUUAAUAAUGAUCAAAAAUAAAAAAAAUAUAAACACUAAACAAGUAGAAGACAUUCUACAUCAACUUUAAUAACAUUACCAAACUGUAAUAACUAUUUUUCAAUAAUUUUAAAUAGUAAUGUCAAGUUUACAAUACUAUAAAUGUACUUCUCAGUCAAACUGUGCCCACCAAUAGUAAUAUCAGACUCAAAACUGACCUGUGCUGUCACUUCCCACAAGUUUGGAGGGAUAUCACAAUGUAACUGUGCUCCUGGUUAUGCAUUGCGUGGUAAUGAUGUCCUACAUUGUUCAGAUACAAGCGAAUGGAGCGAUUCUGUUCCGACGUGUGAAAGUAAGUUGUUUUAUAUGUUUUCAAUGCAUAUUUUCAGUUUAUUUUAUUUGACAAAAAAUUGUUGGGAAUAUUGUAUAAUCGAUAGUGACACUCCGUCCUUUUGAGAAGAUUUUAUUGAUAUUUGGUGAAAAUAAGAAAAAUCAGUCUUAUUUUAACGUUUAAAGUUAUAUAAAUAUAGUUUUAAAUGUUUUUCUUGCUUUUUCAUGUUUUUAUUUUAUGUUGUUUUAGCUAUUGUAUGUCCAGCCCCAAAAGUUCCAUCUCAAGGCUUUAUUAUCGAUGCCAGAGGUCACAAAUCUUCGAACAUUCAGUCCAAUUACUCGCUGGGCAGUGUGAUAAUCUUUGGAUGUAAUGAUGGCUACAUGGUAUCAGGAACCGACUUCAUCGUAUGUCAAAAGUCUGGUGAAUGGUCGGAGAUACAGACCCAAUGUAAAGCCUACUGUAACUUCCCCGAGGUUGGUGGAAAUGUGAAGACAACUCAGCUAAAGAGAGAGUACUACCUGAUUGGAGAGAAGCUGGUAUUUAUUUGUAAGAACAGUCAGUUUAGACUGAAGUCAGAGAACGUUCUCGAAUGUCUGAACGAUGGGGAAUGGUCGAGAACGGCACCAGUUUGUGUACCAAGAAGGAGGGGGCAGUUGGUGGUGUAG